AUGUACCUGAUCGACCAACUGCCUCGCCAUGCGGCAGCUUCUUCCCAACCACAGAGAUUCCAUAUAGCGCUGGAUCGCUUCAAUCUCCAGAGAUCUACAAACCAACCCUCCGAGGCAGAAGACCCAGAUGGUCCACCGCCCGAUCCUAUGCAGCAAUCACGCCCGUCCUCAACCACUGUAGGUCUGGUCAUCCAUGCUGCUGCAGACGGCAUCGCUCUUGGAGCCUCGUCAACUGCUUCGUCGCGAAGGCUGGGAUUCAUCGUCUUUGUGGCCUUGAUGAUUCACAAGGCUCCCGCAGCGUUUGGCUUGACUUCGGCAUUGCUCAAACAAGGCCUCUCCAAGAGAAGAGCGCGAAACCACCUCGUUGUAUUUAGCUUGGCUGCACCAAUCGGCGCCUUGUUGACCUGGGCUCUUGUCAACAUAUUCGAGGGAGGCAUUGGCCAGAACGAACAUGGCACUCGUUUCUUCACCGGUUUGCUAUUGUUGUUUUCGGGGGCACCUUCUUGUAAGUUGACGCAAGCUGUCUGA